AUGAGGACUCCUGCAGUUCGUCUAGUAUUUGCAACUGGUUUGGUUUGUAAACAACUUGGUGUUGUCUCUCGGUAGCUUCAUUCUGCCUCUAAAGCUCCAUGUUCUGCUGGGUGCUGUGGUGUUAGCGGCUGUCCCGCGUGAGAACGGCUCGUGUCCCCGGUGGUGCUGUAGUGUCCCGGUGCUGUCCCGGUGCGGUCCCCGGGGUCCCGGUGCUGUCAGCCCGGCUGCAGAGCAGGAUGUCCCUCGCUCCUGCGAACCAGGCCCAGCUGAUCCGGUCCAGUCAGAAGGACGAACAGUACCGGGCCUCCCUGAGGAACAGCGCUAAUGAGGCUUUCCAGACCCUGGCAGGGUCCAGGCGCUGGCUGAGCUGGAGGAGGGAGAUCGAGCUGCUGUCGGACCUGACCUACUACAGCCUGACCACCCUGUCAGGCUCCCAGACUCUGGGCGAGGAGUACGUGAACGUGGUGCAGGUGGACCCCAGCGGGCGGCGGGUCCCGGCGGCCGGCAGGCGGGGCCUGGCGGUGCUGUGCGGCGUCUUCCUGCCCUACCUGCUGGACAAGCUGCUGGUGAGCCUGGACAAUGAGCUGCAGGGCGGACGGGGGGCCGGCGGUCCCCGGAGCCUGGACGGCCGGCUGCGGGGCGCCGUGCGGCGCCUGGUGGGCCUGCUGUCCGAGGCCCAGAGGAGAGCCUGUGCCCCGGCGGCGCUGCUCCUGCAGCAGACCCUGGCGCUCCUGCAGAGGCUCCACACCGCCGUCUUCUACCUGCGGGGGUCCUUCUACCACGUCUCCAAGAGGACGGCUGGCAUCUCCUACCUGUGUGUGGUCCGUCCCGGCGGUGACGACGCGUCCGUCCGGGCCUGCUACCGUCUCCUGGGCGUCGUCUCCCUGGUCCAGCUGCUGGUCACCGUGUGUCUCCAGGCCAGCGUCUUCAGGCAGAGACAGCGAGCGCGGACGGAGUGGACGCAGCAGCAGAGCUUCAGCGGUCCACGGUCCCCCGGCUCAGGGUCCAGGUCUGCCCGCUGCAUCCUCUGCCUGGAGGACAGGAGACACGCCACGUCCACGCCCUGCGGACACCUCUUCUGCUGGGACUGCAUCACCGAGUGGUGCAACACCAAGGCGGAGUGUCCCCUGUGUCGGGAGAAGUUCCAGCCCCAGAGACUGAUUUACCUCAGGAACUACAGCUAGGACGCGCACGCACGCACGCACGCACGCACACACGCACGCACGCACACACACACACGUCUCCUGCAGGAGAAUACUUGUGUAAACCGAGUGUGGGACUGAUGAGUCACAUUGACUUCAACUUUGGACUAAAAUGAUCGAAGGUUCCAAUAAAGUGUGUUUUUAUA